CACCCACUCUCCGUUUUCAUAAAGCAAUCAGAGAGACAGCUUUUCGUCUCCAAACGCAUAGCUUUUCUCCGACUACAAACUCAAAUUCCACCCAAAUUGAUUCUCUCACUCGUCGUUUUACUUCAAUCAAACCCUAAAUCUGAUUUUCGCUGACAGGGUUUGAAUAAUUUGAUCAUCUUGAUUGUGUUGGAGCAGAUCAUAAAGUUGGAUCAGUAAACAAAUAGAUCAGCCAUGUUUAAUCGAAUGUUUGGGAAACCUAAGCAAGAGGCAAAUACUGUAGCAACUUUAGACAAAUUAAAUGAGACUCUUGAAAUGCUAGAGAAAAAGGAGAAAGUUCUUAUAAAGAAAGCUGGUGCAGAGGUUGAAAAGGCGAAGGAAUUUACUAGAGCUAAGAACAAAAGGGCGGCAAUACAAUGUUUGAAGAGGAAGAGGCUCUAUGAACAGCAAAUUGAACAGCUUGGAAAUUUUCAAUUGCGCAUUCACGAUCAGAUGAUAAUGCUAGAAGGUGCAAAAGCGACAACAGAGACUGUUGAUGCUUUGAGAACUGGAGCAUCUGCAAUGAAAGCCAUGCAGAAGGCAACGAACAUUGAUGAUGUGGACAAAACGAUGGAUGAGAUCAAUGAGCAGACCGAGAACAUGAAACAGAUUCAGGAGGCAUUGUCAACACCUAUUGGUGCAGCAGCCGAUUUUGAUGAAGACGAACUCGAAGCAGAGCUCGAAGAACUGGAAGGAGCUGAGUUGGAAGAACAACUUCUCCAGCCUGCCACUACUGCCCCUGCUGCUCCAGUCCAUGUGCCUGCGGGUAGGCAGCCAACACGUCCAGCUCCUCAGAAGAACACAGCUGAGGAUGAUGAACUUGCGGCAUUGCAGGCAGAAAUGGCACUUUAAAGAGAGUUAUCAGUACCAAAUCAGAAGAGAUUGCGCGAAGAAGAUUGGUUUGUCCCUGGGGCUGCCUUUGCUCUCCAUUCCCAAUUUUAAUUUUCUUGGUGUGCAUUCACUAGUAAGGAAAACAUUGUACAGAUGCCCUUAAAAGUAAAUUAUAUUUCAUCUUAAAAUCUGGAUUCUACCUCGGUAGUUUUCCGAACAAGUUUGUGAAUUUUUAUUCAUAUAUUUUUCUUGGAACAUGUAAUGAUAUUCUUCAAUUUCAAGAAUUCUUAAAAUAAAUAUAAAAAUCUACUCAGAAUGGAGACUGCUGCA